CGACCCGGUCCCGAACCCCAGGCUUAGUGAGCUGUCCCAGACCGGGAACCUGGCCGCAUGCUCAGCUCUCCCGCCCGGGGAAUGGUGCACUGAGCCACGGAGUCGGACCCACACCCACAGCAGGCCCCUGGACGUGGUUCACUGCAUGCCAGCCCGGCCAGGAAGGGGAGGACUCGGUACACCCUGGGCUCUCUGCGCCUUUCCCGCGCAGGAGCAGGAACUCAGAUUCCUGUCUCACCCAAGGUUUCCAGAACCUCUGAGACAGGAGGCCACCAGCUCUACCUCAUGCGUAGGGGACCUUGCUAGUGAUGGCCCUGCUCCUUGGCUUCCUGCUGCUGCUACUGGAGCUCUGCGGGAAUACCCUCUCCAUGGGGUCACAGUCAUCCACAAAGGGUACUGAGGUUCUGGAAUUUGAAUUGCCUGCCACGGACUAUGAGACCAAAGACUCCUACAAAGCUGGGCCCAUUGGCGGUCUCUUUCAAAUCGUGCACGUCUUCCUGCAUGUGGUGCAGCCCAAUGAUUUCCCCGAAGAUAUUUUAAGAAAAAUUCUACAGAAGAAGUUUGACUUCUCAACUGAUUAUGACAAGCCAGAAAAUGUAGUCUUGACCCUGAAGAUUAUCUACUAUGAAAUCGGGGUCAUCAUCUGUGCUGUGCUGGGACUGCUCUUUAUCAUUCUGAUGCCUCUGGUAGGGUUCUGCUUUGGUCUGUGUCGUUGCUGUAACAAGUGCGGUGGAGAGAUGCACCAGCGCCAGAAGAAGAAUGGGCCCUACCAGAGGAAGUGUUUCGCCGUCUGCCUCUUGGUGAUUUCUAUAUUUAUAAGGGAGCAGAGCCUCGGUAUCAUCUAUGGUUUUGUGGCAAAUCACCACCUGAGGACCCAGAUCGAAAGGACAAGGAAACUGGCAGACAGCAACUUCAAAGACUUGAGAACGCUCAUGAACGGAGCUCCAGCGCAAAUCAGCUACAUCCUGAGCCAAUACAGCACCACUAAGGAAAAGGCAUUCUCAGAUCUGGAUAAUGUUAAAUCAUUGCUAGGAGGCGGAAUUCAGAAACAGCUGAGACCUAAAGUGAUCCCUGUGCUGGAUGACAUCAAGGCUAUGGCGGAAGAAAUCAAAGAGACGAGAGAAACACUAUUGAAUGUGAACAAUACCUUAAAGGAGCUGAGAAAGUCAAGUGCACAACUUAACACCAGCCUGAGUGAUGUUAAAAGGGACCUGGAGCGAUCACUCAAUGACCCCAUGUGCUCUGUACCUUCAGCGACUGCCACUUGCAACAACAUCAGAACAUCUCUAAGCCAACUGGAUGAUAAUACCAACAUGGGUCAGCUCCCAUCUUUGGAUAAGCCAAUUGAGAAGAUUAAUGAUAUUCUUCAAACAAAUUUGUCCAGCCUGGUCCAACAGGGCUAUAAAUCCUUUAAUGAUAUUCCUGAGAUGGUGCAAAAUCAAACCACAGACAUCAUAUCAGUACAUGCAGCCCUCCCUUAUGUCAAAAGUACCUUGAAUUCCAUUGGUUCAGAUAUUGAAAAUAUAGGCGAACAGAUUCCUAUUCAGGAUCAGCUGUCGAAUUUCAUGGGUUACAUCAAUGACACUGAAACUUACAUCCACCGCAAUUUACCCACGUUGGAAGAGUAUGAUUCGUACAGGUGGCUGGGUGGUCUGGUUGUCUGCUGUUUGCUGACACUCAUCGUGAUUUUUUACUACCUGGGCUUGCUGUGUGGCACCUGUGGCUAUGACCAGAACACCACCCCAACCAGACGAGGCUGUGUCUCAAACACCGGAGGCAUCUUCCUCAUGGUUGGGGCUGGAGUCAGCUUCCUGUUUUGUUGGAUAUUGAUGACCAUCGUGGUUCUCACUUUUGUCGUUGGUACAAACGUGGAAAAACUGCUCUGUGAGCCUUACCAAAAUAGGAAGUUAUUCCAGGUUUUGGACACACCGUACUUACUAAAUGAAAAUUGGAAACACUAUCUCUCUGGCAUGGUAUUUAACAAACCGGAUAUUAAUCUCACUUUCGAACAAGUUUAUAGUGAUUGCAAAGAAAAUAGAGGUAUUUAUGCCACACUUAAGCUAGAGAACAGCUACAAUAUCAGUGAACAUCUCAAUAUUCAGGAGCAGGCUGGAAACAUAAACAAUGAUUUUCAAAAUAUGGAAGUAAAUCUUGACAAUAUCGUUCUGCUGGAUGAAGCAGGAAGAAAAAACCUUAUGGAUUUCGGCCUUUCGGGAAUAGACACCAUAAAUUAUGACGUCUACUUGGCUGAGCUGAGUAAAACCCCCACCAAAGUGCAUCUUUUAUCCUUCGCAGAUGAUCUAGAAGUAAAAGCCAACCAUUUGACCCAUGGAAAUUUGAAACAGUCCCUGAAAAAUAAUGCACAGACCAUUAGAAUGAUUCACCGUGACCGUGUCAUCCCGUUGGAACAGUCAAUGUAUGGGAAGGCAAGGAGCUCCGCAUACCAAACCAUCAAGGAUCUUCGACAAAAAAGCAGUGGAUUGGAGAUGAAAGUGAACAAUACCAUUUCCUCUUUGGAUUCUGCUCAGGACUUCCUCAGAACCCGUAUUUCCUCAGUUAUUGUUGAAGAAAGUCAGAAGUAUGGGAGCAUGAUAGUAGGAUACUUUGAACGCUAUCUGCAGUGGGUCAAGAUCUCAAUCACUGAGAAGAUUGCAGCCUGCAAACCUGUGGCCACAGCGUUAGACUCUGCUGUCAACGUCUUCCUGUGCAGCUACAUUAUCGACCCCAUGAAUUUGUUUUGGUUCGGCAUAGGAAAAGCCACCGUAUUUCUACUUCCGGCGCUCAUUUUUGCUGUGAAGCUGGCCAAGUACUACCGUCGAAUGGAUUCAGAGGACGUGUAUGAGGAUAUGGAAAAUGGUAAUAUUGGUUUUCAUAGACAUCAUUCCACUCAGACUGUAUGAACAAAAAUUUUAAGCAGAUCCAACGGCACAAGUUCUUGAUCUACAGUGUCUCCGAAUACUGGAAAAGAAACCUUCCCUUCUGGAUUUUACAGAGUCUAGUGAUUUUUUUAUGCAACAUUUCACUGAUGCGCCAAAGAGUGAAAAGCGUGUGUUCACACCUGUUUUGUUUUGUCUUUAGAGGUUUUGCUUUAAUCAUCCGAGACUUCUAUGAAAGUUCCAAUAUGUAAUACAUUCAUUCAUUUCCAGUUUAGCUUUCAGAACAAGACAUGAAUUGUGUCACAUUUCAUUGCUUGGGAACCUAGACUUGUAGCUAGACAAAAUCUAGCAAAUAGCAGAUGUGUGUGUGAACAAUAAAAGAGUGAUUUCAGAAA